AGUGCGUUCCAGGAAAAUUUAUUCGAAGCGGAAACUAGAAGCCGGCUAAAUUCGGAUCGUCUUUACGAACACGAAACGUUGUCCGCUUUCGAUGCUAUGUCUUUUGGAUUCGUUGAGGUGACCAUCUUUGUGACGUGAUUACAUAUACAAGCAAUUCUACCCACGGAUUUUCUACUAAAGACAGUAGAUUAUGAGAAACCUCAAAACAAUCGACAAAACUGAACAGUUUCUGUAUACGUGUGUGUGGCUUGUACAGAGAAGGACGUAUGCACCGGAGACCUGUGUAAGGACUUCGUGUUUGUCGAAUCAUCUUUACACUAGUCAAUAUUGAUACUCAAACAUUUGUUUCUUUGCCACUGCCGAUGUAGUGGGGAUCAUUGCUAUCAUCUCUUUUUGAGAUCGAUAUAGGCCUCUCAGGCCACUGGCAGUUUGCUUCAUUGUACUCCGGCAAGAAACUCUGCUAAAGAAGGCCAACCGAAAAACACCCGUGCAGAAGGGCAUUUCGACAGGCUGGCUUCGGUUACAGCAACAGGGGCUGCAACUAUAGCUCGAUUGUCUCUUCCGAAAAUCACCGAUAGCACGCAGCUGCCUAGUUGUCGCCAUUGCGACUAUCAUUGUGGCUGGGUGUAUGUGUGUGUAGAUGUUCUCAAGCCAUGCAAUGUUUAUUCGAGUUAUGUUCCCAUCUUGUGUUAUAUUGUAGCUAUACGACUGUAUCCGUUUUUGCUGGAUUGCACUAUAGACGGCGAUCGUGUUGCUCUUGCUACAGUCCUUGCUGCUAGUUGUACCGGUAUCGACUUCUAUGUCGAAACCCUGCACCAGCGCCAAAUGUGUUCUAAGCGUUGCAAUGGUCCCAACGAUCCUCAGAGAGCUUGCGAACAUGGUUUUUGGCCUGUUAGGGCAUGACGUCCACCAGCUAGAAAGCCUUUGUGUCUUUACAAAAGUAGCGCAGGACUGGUAGCGUUGCGGCAGUGACAGUGAGCAGGCCGGUAAGGGUGAAGAUGACAUCUUCGUCUCUUUGUCGUUUAAUGGCGUUACGACCUUUUCGAAGUACACCAGUGGGUCGAUGUCACUACAAUGGCAACUAAUAUCGCCAAUGGUAAUAACAGCGACCGAUUUAGCAUAUAAGUAUGGCGGCCUCAGCUUCGGUUCGCCGCGCCGCAGCAACAGGCUCAUCCGACAAUCCGAAGCUAACUACUCUGAAGAUGACUACUCCCAAUACGACCGGAACCGUCAGUGCCUCUCGAACAACGCGCCGUGAGCCGCCGUUAGCAGCGAAUCCCGAGCCAAACACGCCGUUCUUGGCUCCUCCUUCCCGUCCGCCGUCGCCUCGGAUCUCCUUUGCCAAAGCUUGCGCAACGGACGGACCCGAUUGACACUGCGGCUAGAUGCGAUAUGGGGCGUCCCGCAAGGCGUCGCGUUUCGCAAGGAACGGCGCUUCUUCUUUUGCCGCUCCGAUGCUUUGCUGUAGCCGUCGCUGUCGCUGCCACUAGCGCCGCGGCCGACGUUGCUCUUCGAUCGAUGAGUGGCUAACUCCCUGCCUGGCGGAGCUAACCAGAGCUCAAUCGAGGAGUCGAAAAAAAGCCAGAAAGGCUUUGGACCCUCAGGACGGCUGUUGCCGACUGGUGCCGUUACCGUGGCCGGAGCGCUGGAGCGCCGCUGGUGCUAAACGAAGUCCCUACCUCAGCCCUUGCCGCUUACUGCCGGGGUCCACGAGAUCUCUUGUUGUCGCCCGCACCGGCCGUGGCCCGCGAACACCAUCAUGAAAUAGAAGAAGAAGACGACAGUGAAGAUGACAAAGAGCAGUUAGAGAUGCGGCAGUAUCAGCUGGUAAGCAACAGUGUAACGUCACCCAAUGUACGGUUCCCGCAACAAGUUAACGCGUCUCUUACCGUGUGUUUUCUCCGGUUUGCCGGUUCGGUUAAUUGGGUGUCAAAGGCAUCCGCGCAGACCGCGCGUGAACGACGCGCCUUCAGAAGAUGUCUACGGGUGACAACGGGAUACAACGUUAGUUCUCGACGAUGCACAAAGAGAAAGUACUGAGAUGGCAAUCUUUAAAGAAGAUGCUGCGGAGAUGUGCGGUAACGGUAUGUACAGUAGCUUGAUUGCGUGAAGUUAUUCAGGCCCGAUGAUAUUGUAGUGAGAUAUAGGUCAGGUUGAGUGCAGGAGUGGCUCAACGAUGGAAAGACAGAGUGAAUUUUAGAAGUUGCUGCUGAUGGGGUAUGACCAAAGCGCACGGAUCACGUUUCGAUUACAAAGCACAUCUUGUAACGGUUUAGAGUAGGUCCUUGCGCGGCGACUAUAAUCAGUGAUUGUUUCACGGGCCCAGAUUUUCCUGAUCGGAUCGUUCCCACGUUCCUCUCUGAACCGACGGCCGAUUGAUUAGAAAACGCUGUCCCAAUAGAAGACUUGGCAGGAAUUUCUUCGAUGUUGUCAUGUCUCAGUUUAUAGUGUUCAAUCGUUACCCGCAAAUGUGAACUUCAGGACGCUUGGCACGUCAGGUGUACGCACCUGUGGGUUUGACACAGUUUGGGACGAUGGUAUACCGGAUUGAUCUGUAAAAAGAUGUGGACACGAAGUCUGGAAAGCUCGUCAGAGGAAUGCGUUUGCGUUUGGAGUGGCGGUGUUCAUGAGGGAGGGGGAAUUUUGAACAAAAUAUACGAUCAGCGAUAAGUGAAGUUGCAAGAUGAUUCGGCAAGGAGGAGUACUUCAACUGCCUUCAGUGAUGACCUAAUGCCAGGCAGUGACUCAUGUACAGAACAGACGAGCGUUGCCGUUCACUUGGGCUCUGGAACAUGAUGCUACCAUUUCAAGCUGUGUCUCCAUCACACGGUUUUUCGCCGUUGGCAGUAUCUUCCCUGAAGAUUGGUGAUCUCCCUUCAGCCGUACCAGGAUUUGGCGGUAAUGGCGGCCUUUACCAUUCGAUCACCCCAUCUUUAACUCCAUCCUAUUGCUCGACGACGACCAAUAAUAGUUCCAGCACGAAGACGAGCGACGCAAUCAUCAGGGGUACCAAUCCUUUAUCUCCUCUGUUGAAAUCACCACUGUCGUCGCCGACUUCGCCCCGGAGGGUGGGAAGUGGUCUCGACCGAGUCCUUCCCGUCGGUGCAAGUGGCUCCCUGGGUUCGCUUGCGAUCAACACUUGUCAAUGGGGACAGCCAACUGCGUCACAGAUAAGUCCUGGCUCAACUGGUUCAUUUGUACGCAGUCGAAGUCAUUCAUCACUGAUAGAUCUCCGGGAAGCGAAGCUGCUUCCGUUUCGCUCAUUUCCGGCAUCGCCUCACGGGUCGCGAACACCGUCCCCGUCAACGACCACAGCCCCCGGCCAUCAUGGAGGAAGCUGCAGUCCUUUACCAAUGGGAAAAAAACCGGCAAAGGUGUGCGGUGUUUGUGGUGAUCGAGCGAAAUCAUAUCAUUUUGGAGGCAUUUCGUGCGACAGUUGUAAAGCCUUUUUUCGCCGCUCGGUACAAAACGAAGCUUAUAAGAAUUUCCAAUGUCCUUACGAGGCCAAAUGUGACAUCACCAUUGCAUCCAGGAAAUGUUGUCAAUUCUGCCGGUUUCGCAAAUGCAACGACAUCGGCAUGGAAAAAGGAUGGGUUAUGACAGAGCUGGAACGGUCGCAACUGUUGAAAUCUCGAUUAGAGCGAAAGCAGCGUCUUCUAGCGGUUAAGACCGUCGGGUCCGCUAGCGCCACUGGAUACACUCCAGAAAACAGUAGUGGUUUUACUGGUUCAGGCACUGCCUUCGACCUAGGCAGUUGUCCGGGGUUGGGUUCACAGUUGACGACGGCUACGUCAUCUACGAACCCAAUUUCGAUUACGGAAGCCGCCGAAGGUUUUACCCGAAUUACAGAUUCGCCUUCGACAACUGUUGGAUCUUUAUCCACCGGAUUGGAUUCGACGACCUCACUAUUGGCUACGUCUGUUUCGGGGUCACCACGCUCGUCAAGUUGUCCCCCUGUCAGCUUGGCUGUUUCGCCAUCGGUAGCAUACUCAGCCACAGCUUCUGAUCUCACACCUGAAGACAUAGCGUUAAUUGAAGAACUGAUCAACUGUCAUCUCAGGUGUUGUCCUGCAUCCCUUCUGGAAGCAACUAGUGCAGCUGGAGGAUGCAGCGAGUCAGUUUCCAUCAGCGGCGGUACACCUGCAAGCGAAGGCGGGUCUUUACACGAACCACUGUCCACAGGACACCUGGUGACGCGAAGCUAUGUUCUGCAGCUCUUUUUCUCAGCGAUUCGACAAUUUUCGUGCUUUGCACAACAACUUGCGUCAUUUCAGGUGAUACCGAUUGCGGCUGAUCGGGAAACCUUGCUCCGGGCUUCGGUGCUCGAGAUGUUGUUUCUUCGCAGCGCGUUCGCCUACGACGCCAGAUUGAAAGGCUGGGUUGUCUCGCAUGAAGCCUCGCGCCGAACGGAUGAGGCUCUUGUAUAUUUCGAGGACGUGCGAGAACUCGUUGAUGAUGAAAGACUCCUCGAAAAACAUAAACGAUUCAUGAAGGGCAUGCAGGCAUCGAUGCCAGAGAAGGAUCACGUCGUUUAUACAAUUCUGAUGGCAAUCUGUCUCCAUUGUGGCGAUCGGAAGGGUCUGCUCAACUGUGGAUACAUCGUUGAACAACAAGAAAGAUAUAUUCUCCUACUCCAGCGAUAUUUGCAGUUUCGAUACAAGCCGACAAUAGGUAAGACGAUUUAUGCGCGAAUUCUGCUCAAGUUGGCGGACUUACGAGAGGUGGCUGAGUCGCAUCAGGAGUUCGACCUCAAGUUGACAGAAAAAGAGAUCCGAGAAAUCCAGGAACGUUUAGCGCAACAGACCUUUUCAACAAAUAGUGAUGGCUCAUCAGACUUGCCUUCACAGUGGCGAUUCCAUGAACAUAUCACAAGCAAGGUGAUAGUGCCGCAAAGUACAUUAAGCACAGAUCGGGAAAAAAGCCUGAAAGAAGCCUCGAUAACGAAUCAUCAUGCGUAGUUAGUGUAAUAGGGAAGGGUAAAUCGUCAUCGUACGCUAAACAGGGGUAAAUUUUAAAUAGUUAGAUGUAGGUAACGAAGUUUAGCUAUUAGAAACUUAGAAAAUUAGCUAGCAGAGACGUAUGCCCACAGUCGACGGAAUGCCGGGAAGCAGGUAUAAUAGACUAAAAGAUAAUUAAUAUGUGGAAAAAGCUUGUAUGUUAUAAGUAGAAGGUAACGACUUCGAAGAAUAUGUUCACACUUCUACAAUGCAAUCAUGAGGCCAUUAUGUUACUCGUCAUUCAGGUAAUCGCUUGAGUGACCAUGAAUAAAUCCGUCAGUGGUGCCGAGUUCCUUGUUAGUUUUGAUUUACUCAUAUGAUCUGCCUGUGUACUCUUUUAUUUUGGCAGAUACGGCUUAUAUUGAACUCUAAAGCCAUUGUAGCGGAUCUGAAAACCGAAGCAAAGCUAUUAAUAUAUAUAUUUAAUGUAGUGCCUGGCUAAUAUGUUGUGGCAUCUGUGCUGGCUAGGAAGCGAAUCUGUACUCAUAGAUAUAGGCUCUUUAGCCUUGUCUCAUUCAACAACUAUAAAAAAUACCUAUCGCAGUAAAGUUGUGGUAACUUGAUUUUCUUUUAAAUACAAAAAGAUCAUCUCUGCCAACGUAACAGUAGGACCGCAUUAGGAAAAUCGUGAGGUCUCGACGCGUAACGUGAUUGGAAAGUUAUGGGUCCUCCUCUGCAAAAUGGACGAAAUCUAUUGAGUGUAUUGCUAUAGACAUAUUUGGCUGAAGGUUUUCGCUCAAGUUGCUGUGAAUCAAAACACAAGUCGGACUUCACAAAACAGUAAUAUAUAUUUUAUGAUUCAGUUGCAUGCCUUUUGGUCAUGAAGGCAACUUUGUAUGUUCAGUAUUUUGACGCGCUCUGUUUUCUAAUGUUCGCCAUCUAUGUAUAUAAACAGUCAUCUCAUGAGCUUGCUUCAUUUCUAAACGUUUAAUAGGGAAUUGACAAUACCAAUAUAUCUAUCCAUUAACCUAUGUACAGCUACUGAUGUAUAUACACGGAGCUGAAUCCCAUAUAUUAAAUUUGAGGGAUCAAUGGACAACUUCUAUUUUCAAGUAAUUUAUCCGAGUCAUCGUUUACAUAUCUGCCACUAAACCGUAACAUUUACUGCUAUUUAAAAGUAAUAUCUAUGAUAUAUAGUAUUUUUCAGCGGAAAAAAAUGUAAAUAGACUUAAACAUUGUAUUAUGCAGCUUGAUGAUUCAAGCGUUCUUUGAACAGCGGUCCUUUCGUAUACGUGUAACGAUUAAGUGUGAUUUGCACGAAGGCAAAGUACGUGUACGACGUUGAGGAACGACAAUUUUGCAUGGGUAAAUAUUUGAUUUAUGGGGCCUGAAUAUCAGAGCGUCCUUAGGUGGCAUAUCCAAUAUGUGAAAACUCAAUGAUAAUCUAAUUCUUCGAAUAGAUGCUACCUGGAACAACAAGCUGACUGUUUGACGAAGACGUUCCGCAUAAGUAGCAAGUAUAUUUGACAAUUUGGAAUAAAAAGUAGUCGGCAUUAUUUUUUAUUAACAUGAUUUACUAAGCUUGAAAAAUAUGCACAAAGAUUAACUUUCUGAGGCAGAAGAAAUAUAUCGACUUGAAUUUUAACUACGCUAAUGGUUCUCAAGUCCCAUUCAGUAUUAAUUCUUAUAAAAUAUUAUUGCCUUCAGCACUUCAUUGUAAAUACCACUUAACACCAAACACCCUGGAAUUCACUGUGAAUAAAGACAUCGAUCGUUUGAUUGUGGCUUAGGAAUUUUUUUCCGCAGAACAGUUCGUAGUUAGGUAGUAUCAUUACAGAAAAGUACGGAGGAGUGCCAGUGAAUCGCAGUUAAAAAGAACCUAGAAUCUCUGAUCUAGCAUCUCCUUUUUAGGGAUGUCUAGCUUCAUAGAAGACCUGUGAAGUUCAUUAAACGUUCUGGUCUGUGUAUCACUUCGAGAGCGAUCCUCGAGUAAAGAACAAAAAAGAUAUCUAUCAUAGCUAUGACACCUGGAGUUUUUGUCUCUACGGAAUACACUGUUCAUCCUUAUUACUGAUCAAAUUGGCAUUUACUCCAAUGCAUUCUUUAUCUUAAUAGCUCCGUCGGCCUGCUCGAGUUUGCUAGAAACUCCAAAGUUUACCAUGUAACUUUCAGUAUUGAAGGACCACUGCAGUAUCCAGGUUUUAACAGGUGCCUUCUUUCGCUUUUAACAAGCCUUAAACUCAAUACAAGAACCCUCGGUUAUUGUAAAUGUUUUUGUUUCGUUUUCAAUAUAAUCGUAUCAUAUUGUUGUCAACGCAAAGAACGUACUUAUUUCUAAUUGGAGAUUCUCUAUGCGCAUAUCAGUCACGGGAGCUUAAGCAUCAUAACAUAUGCAGUGUACUUAAUACUUCUACGCGCGAAGAAUUACCGUGCGGCAGUAGCCGCGUAACGCAACCAAGUAUACUAUAUUGUAAGGUAACUUAUAAUGUAUGAACAACUGUUACCACGUUAUCGGGUCUCUUAUUAAACAAGAUAAAUGCGGACUAAUUGUAGUUAUAAAGUAUAUUACUGUCUAUGUGCAGGAUGUCGACGGCGACGAAGAGCACCAACGGUAACACAACGUCUCUCGUCUCUGAACAAACCGACUAGAGACUGACCCGUGUAGAAACCAGCUGAAAGGUGUGGGGACGAAGAGUGAGCGUCGCUAUAUGAGAGGAGAGGGGCAAAAAACCAUAGAGCGACCGUAAAAGAAGACUGACGAAAAUAGCACAAAGUGUAGAGGAUCGAAUGUUUUAUUAAAACUAAUUGUAUAUAGGCAAGAAAUCAUUUUUCGCUAUAAGAAAUAAUAAAAUAAGCAUUAUACGAGUUUUA